GUGGCGCUUGGCAUUCGGCAUGCGCAUAUUACCGAGGAAGAAAAUCUGCGGAGUUAACUAACCGAGGCUUAAAACUGUAAACAUAAAGAGCCCAGGCGACUUGUGUCUAUGCUUGGGAUGGAAUUCUAAGAUUAACUUGAAGGUGUGGGAUCAAACAUUGUUCUUCAGUGCAUGGAUGCAAAGCCAAUGCGCAGGGCCACCAGCGCACGUCAGGACGCCACUGGAAUGGACAUCACCAGCCGCUGUACUCUGGGGGACCCCAACAAGCUGCCUGAAGGGGUCCCCCAGCCUGCACGCAUGCCCUAUGUCUCAGACAAACAUCCACGGCAGACCCUGGAGGUGAUCAACCUGCUGAGAAAACACCGGGAGCUCUGUGACGUCGUGCUGGUGGUGGGCGCCAAGAAGAUCUACGCACACCGUGUGAUCCUCUCUGCCUGCAGCCCCUACUUCAGGGCAAUGUUUACUGGAGAGCUGGCAGAGAGCAGGCAGACAGAAGUGGUUAUUCGUGAUAUUGAUGAGAGGGCCAUGGAGCUACUCAUUGACUUUGCUUAUACCUCACAGGUGACCGUAGAGGAGGGGAACGUCCAGACGCUGCUCCCUGCAGCCUGCCUGCUCCAGCUUGCUGAGAUUCAGGAAGCCUGCUGCGAGUUCCUUAAGAGGCAGCUGGAUCCAUCCAACUGCCUGGGCAUCAGGGCGUUUGCUGACACACACUCCUGUCGCGAGCUCCUCCGCAUUGCAGAUAAGUUCACCCAGCACAAUUUUCAGGAGGUAAUGGAAAGUGAGGAGUUCAUGCUGCUCCCUGCCAACCAGCUCAUUGACAUCAUCUCCAGCGAUGAGCUGAACGUGCGGAGUGAGGAGCAGGUUUUCAAUGCUGUGAUGGCCUGGGUCAAAUACAGCAUCCAGGAGCGAAGACCUCAGCUACCCCAGGUCCUGCAGCAUGUCCGCCUGCCACUGCUCAGCCCCAAGUUCCUGGUGGGCACGGUGGGUUCAGAUCCUCUCAUCAAGAGUGACGAAGAGUGCAGAGACCUGGUUGAUGAGGCCAAGAAUUACCUGCUGCUACCACAGGAGAGGCCGCUAAUGCAGGGUCCCAGGACUCGGCCGAGGAAACCCAUCCGAUGUGGAGAGGUCCUUUUUGCAGUUGGAGGUUGGUGCAGCGGUGACGCCAUUUCCAGCGUGGAGCGCUAUGAUCCACAGACCAAUGAGUGGCGGAUGGUGGCGUCAAUGAGUAAGCGGCGAUGUGGCGUUGGUGUGAGUGUGCUGGAUGACCUGCUGUAUGCAGUGGGAGGUCACGAUGGCUCGUCAUAUCUGAACUCUGUGGAGAGAUACGAUCCUAAAACCAACCAGUGGAGCAGCGAUGUGGCCCCCACCAGUACUUGUCGUACCAGUGUCGGCGUCGCUGUGCUUGGUGGCUAUCUGUAUGCUGUGGGAGGACAGGAUGGAGUUUCCUGUCUCAACAUUGUUGAAAGGUAUGAUCCCAAGGAGAACAAAUGGACUCGCGUGGCAUCCAUGAGCACCAGGCGAUUAGGCGUAGCUGUGGCCGUACUGGGAGGAUUUCUGUAUGCUGUAGGAGGAUCUGAUGGGACGUCACCGUUAAACACAGUGGAGCGCUACAACCCUCAAGAAAACCGCUGGCACACCGUAUCUCCCAUGGGAACCAGAAGAAAGCACCUCGGCUGUGCGGUCUAUCAGGACAUGAUCUACUCUGUGGGAGGUCGAGACGACACCACAGAGCUGAGCAGCGCAGAGCGAUACAACCCCAGGACCAACCAGUGGUCUCCUGUAGUGGCCAUGACAUCCAGACGGAGUGGGGUGGGCUUGGCUGUGGUUAAUGGUCAGCUCAUGGCAGUUGGAGGCUUUGAUGGGACGACUUAUCUGAAAACUAUAGAAGUCUAUGACCCUGACGCCAACACGUGGAGGUUGUAUGGAGGAAUGAACUACCGCCGGCUAGGUGGAGGAGUGGGCGUCAUUAAAAUGACUCACUGUGAAUCCCACAUUUGGUAAUGCCACCCCCGCCCCUCUCCCUCCACACACACUUUCACUUCUCAUCAGCUGGCGCUUCUUCUAGCCGACUCUUGUGCCUCCAAAAGAGAUGUUGUGAACCAAGUGGGCAUGUGAGAACCACGAGGAGGGAGGGGAGGUGAGAUGGAAAUAGAAGGACAAACUUUUGAACUCGACUUCACCCCCCCAACCCUCAAAUUCAAAGUCAUUAACUUUGAAAUAGCCUGGUUGUCAUUACUGACUGACCAUGGUCACCAUGAAGUGCACUGAGAGCAGAAGUCUACCAAGUACCAUUAAACUUCGAGUUUGGACAGGACGGACCUCCUCCCAGUUUUCAUUUUCCAAGCUUUGCGGUCUGGAUUUGAACCGGUGCUUACCUUUGUCCAAGAAUGCUGCUGGGAGUGAGUGUCUUUAACUGCAGCAGGUCCCGGAAAGAAGGCCUUGCUCACCUUCCCUUUGCUUUAUAUGGCAGCCCCCAGACUGCUGCUGCUGACCACCCACCGCCUUCAGUGAAUAUGAAGAAAAGCACCCAGUGGACGACCAGACUUUCUCAUCAUUGUGAGGGAUUCUUUAUUUCCUGGUGACACAACAUUGCAUACUGACUGUAAGAGCCCACGCUCCCUCAUUCUGGCUGUUUGACAUACAGCUCUCCUGGGCCUUGUGUGUAGCAUUAAAAUGUGUAACAGGCAGUUUCCUUCUGAAGGCAUCUGCUUGUGGAAGCUGGAUGCCCAGAGAGGAAAAUCAUAUUUUGGGACUGUAGCUGUUUUUUUUUUUUCCUCCUUUAAAUUUGAGUCUUUAAAAUUUUAAGUUCAUUUGGUGUAUUUAGAGGAAUAUAAUUCGCCCCGGGGGGACAGAGACACCAGAAAUCAGUCAUGUUGCUGCAGUGCUUCUGUUUAGAUCGCAUUUGUGGUCCUGAGUGUUGUGUAAGGAUCUCUGCUGCUUACUCCAACUCUACCAUCUUGGACUGCAUGUUCUGGUAACAGUGACCCUGGAGUUGGUGGCUGUUCUCCAGAACAGAACAAGAACUCCUGCUAAGAUGUUGGAUUUGGAUGAGAUUUAUUUUUUAUUUUUUUGGAAGCACCAUCUACCUGGACAGCAAUCCAGCAAGUAGGAAAACCAGAAAUAGAAAGAACCGAGGGUGGCUGAUUAGUGAUGAGGUUGUGUACUAGUUAUUCAAAUACAGAUGGCAUUGUUCUCUUAGAUGGAUUUAAAUUUUUAAAAGAAAAAUGCUAAAAUAAGUCACCAAAUGUACUUAGGCACCCAUUAAUAGUAAAUACUGGGUAAAAACAACACAAAGUAAUUGGGAACACUUAAAGAUUUGGCUUCAUCACACUGCCUGCCUCAUCUUUUGCCAAGAAUUCCAUCUUGUUUGAAUUUCAGCAGGACAUGCAUACAAUUUCAGGAAAUUUCCUCGACUUCAUUAAAUAUGUGCAGAAAGAAAUGAAGAGCGUUUUAAUUGAAGUGCACACAGGGGUGCAGUUGUCAGGUUGUUUCUUUUGGAAAGAAUGAUGUUGCAAAGGGGGAACCUGUCGGGCCACCCAGUAGCGCUCUGAACCGCAGCAUCCGGAAGGAUUCACAGGAUCGCCUGACUCUAGUGGACACAAGGCCAGUGGUCAAAUGUGGACACAGCUGACUGGAGUGUCUGCGUAUUAUUACAGUAAAGCUCAAAGAGAAAUCAAGUUAUUUUAAGGAUAGCCAGUGCAAUUUUAAAAAGCAAAAUAUCAGUUCAUUUUAAAAAGAAAUCAGCCUCAGUGAAAUAUUCCAAAGUCAGGAUGGCUUACAGAUGGCACUGUUUGUAAGCCAUCCGUGUGAUCCUCUGGAGAACAGCUUUACCACAACUUAAGCUGCACCAAGGCUCACACAGGGACUCUGUCAUUUAUUUAAAAGUCAGAUAGGACUCUGGUUCUGUAGCCAUGAUUGAUCAUUUAUCUUCAUGUUGUCCCUAAUCAUAGAAAUCAGGCAGCUGUCAUGGAAAUAGAGGAGAGUAAAAUUGGAUUUAUGUUACUGGCUGUGUGUUGAAACACAGGGAACCUUGUUGUGUGGCUAGCCUUCUACAAAUGCAGUAACACAGGAUGGACCACAAGAAUAGAACUGUUAAUGUAAAGUAGUUGCUACAUGUGUAGUGAUGAGAUAUUUGUUUAGAGAGCCAUAGGUCCAUUUUUGUUCUGCUUUCAGUGCCCACAUCCUUGCUUUGUUUGUGUAACAGCACCACCUGCUGUGGGAUGUUUGUACUGCAGCACUAAUGCAGAUGAGGACUUGGUACAUGGUUGUACAACCAAUCUCUCACUGAGUUUGAGUAAAUGGGGAAAUUUAGUUUGAAUGAAUCUUCUCAGAAUUUAUUGCACUGUGAUUGGUAAUGUAUUUUAGAAUUUAUCUUUUUUUUUUUUCUGUGUGUGUUUCUUAAUUAUAUUUUAUAAAGGUGUUU